GAACAAGCUUAGAAAAGUUGGCAAAAGGUUUGCAUAAAACUGAUUUUGCUCAUUUGAAAAAUAGCUAUCCUAAUGAAAAACAAUUUGAAUUAUUAACUCGUAAAGGAGUUUAUCCUUAUGAUUACAUGAAAAGUUGGGAUUCGUUUUCUGAAAAACAGCUCCCCCCAAAAGAAAGUUUUUAUAAUUCUUUGAUUGAUGAAGCCAUAAGCGAAGCAGAUUAUGCUCAUGCACAAGAAGUUUGGUCUACAUUCAAAAUAAAAGACAUGGGACGUUACACUGACCUUUAUCUAAAAACAGAUGUAUUAUUGUUAGCGGAUAUAUUCGAAAAUUUUAGAAAAGUUUGCAAGUCGAACUAUCUUUUAGAUCCAGCCUUUUAUUUAACUGCUCCGAGUUUAUCAUUUGACGCUAUGCUGCUUAAAACAGGUGUUCAAUUGGAAUUGUUAACUGACUUAGAAAUUAUACGAUUCAUACAGAAAGGAAUACGCGGAGGAAUUUGUUUGUGUCCUACAAGAUAUGUCCAAGCUAAUAAUAAAUACAUGCCGUAUCAUGAUCAUACCGAACCCGAUUCGUUUCUCGUUUACAUCGACUGCAAUAAUUUGUAUGGCCACAGUAUGUGCCAACCUCUGCCUGUUUCCGAUUUUAGACUGCUAGAUCAAAAUGAAAUAGACCAACUAAAUAUCAUGAACAUAGCAGACGAUGCAAGCUUUGGUUUUAUUCUCGAAGUGGAUUUAAUUUAUCCUGAGGAAUUACAUGAUCUUCAUAACGAUUACCCCUUCUGUGCAGAAAAAUUCAUACCACCUGGUGGUAAAACUCCUAAACUAAUUCCUAACUUGUAUUCAAAAUAUGAGUAUGUGAUUCAUUACGUUCAUUUAAAAACCUGCAUUAAAAAUGGUCUUGUGUUAGACAAAAUUCAUCGUGUAUUGACAUUCAGACAAAGUACCUUUUUAGGUGAAUAUAUUAAUUUGAAUACUGAACUACGGAAAAAAGCGGUAACUCCAUUUCAACAAGAUUUAUUUAAACUGUUGAAUAAUUCCGUGUUUGGUAAAACAUUGGAAGACAUCGAAAAAAGAGUAGAUGUGAGAUUGGUUAAUAGGUGGUCUGACGAAACCAAUAAAACAAAAAAGUUUAUUUCAGCAGACAAAUUAAUUGCAAGACCAAACUUUCAUAGUGCUACAAUUUUUUCAGAAAAUUUUGUAGCUGUCCAGAUGAAACCUGAGAGAAUUUUUUUAGACAAACCAAUUUACAUCGGUUUUGCUGUAUUAGAGCUCUCAAAAAGCCAUAUGUACCAAUUUCAUUAUUCAAUUAUAAAACCUCACUAUGGGGAUAAAGUAAAGUUAUGUUACACAGAUACUGAUAGUUUUGUGUACAAAAUUGAAACAUCAGAUUUUUAUAAUGAUUUAAAGAAUAAUUUCUUAAGUUACUUUGAUACUAGUAAUUAUAGUGUAGAUAAUAUUUUUGGUUUACCGAUAAAAAACAAAAAAAUUCCUGGCUUGUUUAAAGACGAGCUAGGAGGUGAAAUAAUGACUGAAUUCGUAGGUUUGCGGUCUAAAUUGUAUUGCAUAAAAACAGAAUCAUCACUUAUUAAGAAAGCAAAAGGCGUUAAGAAAAAUGUAGUCAGAGACUUGUCAUCGUCUGACUAUAGAUCAGCUUUGCUUCAUAACACAGUGAUACGGAAAAAAAACAUUUUGUUCAGAUGUAUCAAGCAUGAGAUUUUUACACAAAAUGUUAAUAAAAUAGCAUUGUCCAAUUCCGAUGACAAACGUUUAAUUCAAUCAGACAAAGUGUCAACCUGGGCUUGGGGUCAUAAUAAAAUUAUAUAAAGUUUAGGUUAAAAU